CCUAUAUAUCUCGCCUAUCCGCCCCUCCGACUCUUUCUGCUUUUGCCUCUUCUUCCCGCACCGCUCCAUCGCUGUCUCGCAGAUCUCGUCCAAGCCCGAUCAAGCCGUCUCCCGAGCCCGAGCCGCCGCUCCCGCUCAGUCCCUUCCCUCGCCUCGUAUUUAUGAUAGACUUUCUCCAAUAUACCAACCCCGCCAUGCAGCCGCCGAUGUACCAUCCCGUCGCCCCCUCAAGUAGGCCCCUGACCUCGGCUCCGGCACAGCCCCAGGCGCUCUCGAUCUCGACCUUCCCACAAGGCCAAUCCCUCUACGGGAUGCAGGCUCUUUCUCCCACGGGGCUCACGGCCCCUCAACGCACCGUCGUCGGCUCCUUCUAUCCCUCCCACGCUGCCGACAUGGCCAAUCCUGCUUCGGUCUCGCCCUUUGGCCAGUACCCGCCGGCGUCGACCCCCAACCCGGCUGCCGCUGCUGUGGGUGCGGCUCCCCUCGGCCCUUCAACAGACCCUCGUCGCCCCUACCCGUCGCACCCAUCGGCCUCCUCCGGCUAUGUCGCCCAAGUAUCGCCCUCGUCCUACGGCAGCUCCUCGAGCCCUUCUCCUCUGGUGCCGGACUCGAACAGCCUGUACGGCCCUGCUGGCUCGCUCGCCCGUUCCCACCACUCCGCCUCGACGACCGUCCGCCCAAGCUACCACCCGCACAGCUACUCGCCCUACCCAACCAUGCCGCUGCUGACCCGGCCGUUUUCGCCUUCCUCGGCGGACAACUCGCAGCGCAACCUGGCCCUGGCACAGUCGCCGUCGCAUCCGGUCUAUGUAUCGGCGCCUGGCUCAAACCUGCCCGUCCUGUCGGCCCCGGUGGCCGCGCGCACGGCGUCGCAGUCGAUCCACCACGAGUACUCAGCCCAGCCCUUUGGCCACUCGCCCUACGGCUCCUCCAGCACCAUUGUCAGCGCCGGCAGCAGCUCUCUCCUGGGAUCCUCGACAGGCCCUCUUGCCUCCCCGCCCAUCGUCACGGCCGCUGCGGCCGCUGCCAUCACCGCUGGAGACCACCGUAUCGGCCCCAUCCUCUCGUACGUCGGCCCCCAGCAGGCACUGCCCACCGCCACGGGCGAGCCCUUCUACAUGGGCGCCGGUGUGGCUCCCCCAAUCUCGGCCUCGAACUUUGGCGACGGCACCCCGAACUAUGCGGACGAGAUGGCUUUUGGCCGCACUUCCUUCGAGACCACGCCGGACUCGGGACAGACGAUUUCCCCAGCGAUGGAGCACUACUACCCUGAGCCUCAGUAUACCAUCCGAGGCGGCCACUACGAGAUGAGCGGUGUCGAUCCCUCCACCUACAACCACAUGUCUCAGAACAUGAUUUCGUGUCCUCAUGACGACUGCACCCGCACCUUCUCGAAGCAGACCCACCUGCGUGCCCAUCUCAAGUCGCACCAGAACGAACGGAACCAUCAAUGCAACACCUGUGGCUCGACUUUCCGCCGUUCGCACGAUCUUCGGCGCCACGAGCGUUCGCUUCACUCGACAGACCGCCCCUAUGAGUGCCUCGUGUGCCACAAGACGUUCUCGCGAAUGGAUGCCCUCAAGAGACACUCGAUGCGGUCCAAGGGACCUUGCAAAACCGACUCGACAGAGCCAUAAGCCUCUUUGCCUUAGCGCUUUCUCUUGGCGCUCUCGUGUCUUCCUCAAGACUGUGACGCGCCAGAGUAGUCCCAGGCUGCUCGCCAUCUGUGCUAUUCCUCCCCCCGUUCCUCCUAAGCACCUCGGUUUUGGUUUUCGUCCUCCCCUCUGCUCUUGCUUCGUUCUUGCUCCCUUCUCCGUCUUUGUUGCGCGAACGCCCUCCGCCCCCUUCGCUUGGCCGCUUAUCCUUUCGCAGCGCUCGCCCCGUCAAACCUCUCCCAGUAUCUGCUGAGCUGUGGCAGCCCAGCUCGAGCUGGCGAUGGACCCGAGGCAAAACCCCCCACCUAUCCUGGUCCUUAUCCCUCAUCUAUAUUUGUGAUUUGCCUCGUCUCUUUGAAGCCCUCAUCGCUAUCUCUGUUCCUGAUCCCUCCC